CCGCAACUUCACCCCCUGUGCAGCAGCUUCCUAGGGUCUAAUCAACGGACUUGUUUACUAGAUCUAGACUGUCGUAAACAACAUACAGGCGCCAUGUCGGUGACCAGAGGAACAGGCGGCUUCCGCAACGCACCAGUCUCCAAAGCCAUCUUAUUAUGCCUCGGUCUAAACACUUUCGCUGCAACUGCUCUGGGCAUCCGCCAGAACUGGGGUCAAUUCUCCAUCCUAAAGUCACCCCAACUUUUCCUGAUAGAACGCCUGAUAGCCUCCAACUUCUUCUUCAGCUCAACCUCCGACCUCCUCCUCGGCUCCUGCAUUCUCUACUCAUCACGACACCUGGAACGGAGAUGGUCAGGGAGGAAAUAUGUAUCUUUCGCUUUCAUCACAUCCGUCAUAUCCACCAUCCUCAACUUUGCCGCCCUCAAGUUCGCGAGUCUGCUCGGAUGGCGAUCGGUGGCGGCGGCGAAUAGGGUGCCUAUAGGGCCUUAUGGACUGAUCUUUGCGGCGCUCUAUCAGUUUAGUCAGUCUAUACCGGACGCACAUGGCUUCAAAGUACUUGGGCAGGGAUGGAGCGAUCAUGUUUUGUUGUACUUCCUGGGGUCUCAGGUUCUCCUAGGCCAACAAUACCCCCACUCCCUCCUCAGCGGCCUCUGCGGCCUCAUCGCAGGCGCCCUCUACUCCCAAAACGUCCUCGGCAUCCAAAAAUGGCGGUUCCCACCCAUCCUCCAACGCGCCGCCUCCGCCCUCCUCCUCCCCCUCCUUCGCUCCUCACCACCACGAAAUCCACUAACGGGGACAACACUCGCAGACCAGGCGGAUGAGAUGAGCGAGCGAUUUAGGACGACACGCGCUGUUGGCGGGAUUGGGCGACAAGGGGGAAUACCAUCACCACGGCCGCGCCCGGCGUCGGCGUCACCCGUGGCGGUGGAACCACCAUCGACGGAGGCGAUUGCUACAUUGGAGGGGAUGGGGUUCCCGAGGGAAAGGGUGUUGGAGGCAUUGAGGAUGAGUAGGAAUGAUGUGAAUAGAGCUGCGGCGGCUUUAUUGGAUGCGUAGGUAGGGGGUGGGAAGGUCCAUGCGCAUCUUCUGAAACGGUGGACCUAGUCCAGUGGAAGACUUCCCUCGCGACAACCCGCCAUCCGGCAUGACUCAUCGCAACGCAACCACUCCUUCCACCCCCGAAACUUGGCUCCAGCGCACAGCAACGCAGUGAAGGUUGUGCGAUCUUGUAGAUAUCUUUCGC